CACGGGCAGACGUGUGGGGAAGACGCCUCCAUUUCACAGAGAAGUGCUCGGUUUGCUGACUCCAUUUUGUAGCUGUGGCCUCAGAGGGUUGUCUGGCCGAAACAACACCCGGAACACCCGCCGUGCUAAACACAGGGGCGCUCAGCGAUCCAGAAGGCGCGAUGGCCACUCCAGCAACAUCUAAAGUUGUGCUAAAGAGCACCACCAAGCUGUCCUUGAACGAGCGCUUUACUAACAUGCUGAAGAACAAACAGAUGAUGCCGGUCAACAUCCGCGCCACCAUGCAGCAGCAGCACCACCUGGCCAGCGCCAGGAACAGAAGACUGGCGCAGCAGAUGGAGAGCAGGCCCUCUGUCCCACUUAUACUUUCUCUUUGAAGACGUAGCUUGAAGCAGCGGCUGGGAAAGAGUAACAUCCAGGCCCGGUUAGGGAGACCGGCGGGAGGCCUGCAGCGAGGAGCUGGCGGCAUGAGAGGAGGUGGUAUGGGACUUCGUGGCUCCCAGCGUGGCAUGAUGCGGGCCGGCCGGGGAGGCAGAGGAAUGCCAAGGGGAGCAAUGAGCAUGAGAGGGCAAAACCUCCGAGGCCGCGGUGGCGUCCCAAGGAUUGGAAUGAGGAGAGGUGGCCUCCGAGGACGUGGAAUUGUUGGAAGAGGGGGACUAAGAGGGGGACCCAUGAACCGUGGUGGUGUAGGUGGAAGAGGCCGUGGGGGUGUAAUCGCUCGGGGCAGAGGUGGCUUCACCCGAGGACGAGGCCGUGGUAGAGGAAGAGGAGCCACACGCCCCGUGCUGACCCGAGAGCAGCUGGACAACCAGUUGGACGCUUACAUGUCCAAGACGAAGGGCCACCUGGACGCUGAGCUAGACGCGUACAUGGCUCAAGCAGACCCUGAAGCCAAUGACUGACCGACAAGUUUUUAUUUAAAGAACUGAGUUCUACCAGCCUCUUCCGGAGACAAAAUGGCAGCCGACCGGCUCAUCACCUCGUUUUAGAGUUCCUUUUACUUUUUGAUACUUAGAACUGGUUAUUUACUUUCUUUCAAGUAUUUUAUUAAUGACAAUGUACGGUGACUCCUUUGCCCGCGGACAGGGAUCUUUUAUCACUGCCCUGCUUCCUGCAGAUUC